AUGUCCUCUCAGGGCCCUGCCGCCAACGAGACCUCCAACCUAAAGCCGUCGUUUGCAAAGGUACAGUCUGCGCCGCCUUCCAGCCUCCAGCGACCCUACCUGGUGCCUUCUCGCUUUGCCUCUUCGGCCUCCGCCGCCCCGCCGCCCCGCCGCCCCCCGUCCAUCAGUGGCGCCUUCACCAUGACUGACGGCUCGCAGGUUGCAGCUUCAGCUUACAUGCCUCAUAAUUCUCAAAACCUGGCUUCUGGCCCCAAGUCUGCCGAUGGCCAGCAAGCUUCCGUUUUCCUGCAGAAACCGUCAGAAACCCCGGAAGCGCAAAUAGCGGACGCCCCGGCGGAGAAUGGAGAAAGAGACGAGAGCUCCAACCAGGAAAAUGCUCCAGAAAUCAAUGGCUCCUCCAAGGAUGUCCAUGCGCAGAAUGGCGUAAGCCCGGACUCCAAUGCCGAGCCCUCGUUGCACUCGGUAGGCGGCGCAGUGAAGCCCGUGGUUGCUGAUGACGAUGCAACCCAGGUGUCUUCCUCCAACAGCUCAGCUAAACCGCCGAGCGUGGAUGGCAAGAGUGUCGCGUCCGGAACGACCUUCGCGCUCGACGAGAAGGAAAGCAUUCGCCCAGAUGAUAGCGCUAGCAUCCGUGCCGUCGAGGAGGAUCGCGAAGAUGUCUUCACGCCUCCUGAUUCCGUGGCAGCUGGAUCAAGGGUUGGCUCCGAGAAUGGCAUUGGUCGUGCUUUCCGUGACCAACUAAACGAGAUUUCCGUCAUGGGCGCCUCUUCCCAGCGUGGCGUUCCCCCUGGCCGGAAUGUCCAGAUCAUGGGCAACAACGAUGCUGCUCAAGGCGGUCCCGGUCGCGCUGUUCCCCUGCCUCUCGGUGCUAUAAAGGAAAACGACGGCACUUCUCAGCCGCAACCGGCACCUGAUGAGAAGCUUUUGGAGGCUCUACAGUCUCCUAGAGAUAGACUGUUUGUUCUCAAGCUAGAGCAGGAUGUGCUCGAUUUCUUAAGAAAUACAGGCGAGAAGGAAUUGGACGUUCCAAACUGCAAUGCGUUCUACCGAAUGCUCGCACAUCGAUUUGCUGACUAUUAUCUUCUCGGCCACGUCGUCGAUCCGGUCACGAGUGCCGUGAAGAUCACCAAGACUCCUUAUUGUAGAAUGCCGCCGCCACUAUCCAGCCUUCCGAGCUCCUUGUCAUCGGGUCCGGAGACUCCUCCUAUCAUAGUGCCAGCUCGAAAGAUUAUGCGCCGAGGAGAGAGCGGGGGAACCCCAUCGGGCACUAACACAACGUCCAAUUCUGAAGGUCCUUCUAAAACAACGUCGGAGGCUGGCGCCGAUAGUGGAAGUGACGCCGGUCAGGGGCCCAGAAAAUUGACCAGAGAAGAACGUGAGGCCAAAUACAAAGAAGCCCGCCAGCGCAUCUUUGGAAGCGCCGAAGACGGGGAUCUUGGUGAAUCAGCCAACAAUGAGAGCAAGGACAUGUCGCGGUCAAGUUCCGCUGCUGGAAAGAAGAACAAGAAGAAGAACCGCAACAAUGACGACGACGGAUUUGAGGCAAGAUCUCAGUUUAGCCCCUACUAUCCGGGGCAAUAUGGAACACCGGGGUACCCGAGCGAUGGCCCUCCCAUGUACUACGGUCCAUACACUAAUAUGGCACCCCCGUCAACCAACAUGAACCCUAGUGGCACGCCGCCCGUGCAGUACAACACCGGCUACCCUAUCAUGGUUCAGCAGGACCCCCAGCAGCAAUUUGCAUGGCAAUAUCAACAAUUCGGAUCCACCAAUGGGGGUCUGAAUGCCGGACCGUAUGGAUCCCCCCCGGUGCCGAUGAACUAUGACCUCUCGCAGGACUUCCAACGCAUGUCCUUCCAGCCCGGAAACGCAUCUAACCAGACCCCGAAGAUGUCGAAUCCUACACUGGCUAGCUUUCCGGACGGAUAUAGGCCGCAGUCACAGGGCAUGAACCAGCCAUGGCAGAUGUCGGGCCAGGUGCCAUAUCAAUUUGCUCAACAAGGCUAUGACAACAGACCAAUGUCGGCGGGCCAAAAUCCCUAUCCAUAUGGCCAGCUACCCAACCCACAGUUCGGAAACAACCGCAACCAGCACCCUCUUCCCGGUAGCUUUAACCGGCAGCAGUUCAACCCGCAAAGCCAGGCGUUUGUUCCAAGCUUCCCGGGUUCUGGAAUGCGCGGUGGACCAGCGUUCGGCAUGCCAGGACAGUCGCCUCAAAUGGGAGUCGUUGCUCCAAACAUGGUCAACUUCCCCAACUUCAACAUGCCCAUGCAUCAGCAGCAACCUCCGCGGCCAAACCAACCAACUUCGCAGCCGCAGUUCAACCGUCCGCCCGGAAACCCUCCAUUUGUGAAGAAUCAAGGCCAGGGGAUGGCCCAUCCUCUGCCGCAGCCGGUAUCGGCCGCGCAUAACCAAGGACAGAGGUCGGCUUCGGGCAGCAGUCAAAGCAGCAUCGCAAAAUGGGGCACCCCGGCGCACCUGCCGCCUAAACCUCCGCCUCCGGCUUCGAUGCAGUCUAGCCAGAAGUUCGUGAAUGGACCCUCCAACCGAGUUUCCCCGGGACAACCGCAGCAGAACCCGAACGGCACAUACCCUAUCCCUAGCAUAAUCGGAGCGGGCAAUGGAGCGCGUGCUGCCAAGUAA